AUGGAGGCAAUGAAACCUUUCCCAGGACCCCCUACGCACUGGUUGUAUGGGCAUGCACAUGAGCUUGCUCAAGAUGUGGCUGAUUUGGAUAAGGCUGUGCAAUGGGCAAAGAGCUAUCCAUAUGGCCACCAAGUGUGGAUUGGUCCAUUUACGGCAUUCUUAGCUUUAUACCAUCCUGAUCAUGCCAAGGCAUUACUUGCAGUUUCAGAACCAAAAGAUGAUGUGGUCUACCGGUUUAUGCUUCCUUGGACUGGUCAUGGCUUGCUAAUGUCCAGUGGUCAGAAGUGGUAUCGUCAUCGGUGACUUUUGACACCUGGGUUCCACUAUGAUAUAUUGAAGUCGUAUGUGCAGGAAAUUGCAGAGUCCACCAGAAUCAUGCUGGACAAAUGGGAACUGCUCAGCACAAAUGGAAAAUCUGUGGAGCUCUACCAUCACUUGAGCCUUAUGACACUGGACAGUAUCCUGAAGUGUGCCUUCAGUUAUCACAGCAAUUGUCAGAUUGAAAGCCAUAACUCAUACAUCCAGGCUGUGUAUGAACUCGGUUUCCUUGCCAAUCACCGAUUUAAAACCUUUCAAUAUCAUUAUGACCUCACCUACUACUUCACACCUCAUGGAUACCGAUUCCAGAAAGCCUAUGACCUGGCACAUGCACACACAGACAAAGUGAUAUGCCAAAGGAAGGAAGCACUGAAAAAUGAGAAAGAAUCGGAAAGAAUCAAAAAGAAACAUCGUGACUUCUUGGAUAUUCUUCUGUGCUCAAAGGAUGAAAAUGGAGUUGGAUUAUCGGAUGAAGACUUACACGCAGAGGUUGAAACUUUCAUGUUUGAAGGCCAUGACACUACAGCGAGUGGGAUCUCUUGGCUCAUGUAUUGCCUGGCCCAACACCCAGAGCACCAGCAAAAGUGUAGGGAAGAAAUCCAGGGACUUCUGGAUGGGCACGAUGAAUUUAGGUGGGAAUUCCUGAGUACAAUGCCAUACACCACAAUGUGUAUAAAGGAGUCUCUACGGCUUUUCCCCCCUCUACCAGGACUUUCCAGGAAACUGACCAAACCUCUUGUAUUUCCUGAUGGAAAGCAAGUUCCUGCAGGUUGUCUGGUUGCAUUGAGCAUCUACUGCCUCCACAGGAAUCCAAUGUUCUGGAAAAAACCUGAGGAGUUUAACCCUUUGAGGUUUAGCCCAGAAAAUUCAGAACACAGGCACCAUCAUGCCUUCAUACCUUUCUCUGUUGGACCAAGGAACUGCACUGGUCAGCACUUUGCCAUGAAUGAAAUGAAGGUGGCCAUUGCACUAAUCCUUAACCAAUUUGAGCUGGAAGUUGAUGAAUCAAAACUACCAAUCAAAGUGCCCCAGCUGGUCCUCCGGUCCAAAAAUGGAGUAUACCUAAAGAUUAAAAAAACUUGA